GCUUUUCAUACCGCCCUGAAUGUCUCACCUGCGUUUCCGUACUGCACUCAGGAAGUAAAAUUAUACAAGGGCAUGUGAGAUGGCCCCCAAACCAUUAGCACCGUUAGCAAGGAGACUGUUCAAAGGAGUAGUACUACUUGAAGUUGCAGGUGUGCUCGGUGCUUAUAGUCUUUUUUACAAGAUGAACACAAGUCAAGAUUUCAGGAACAGAAUGAACAACAUGCUUCCCUCUGUCCUGGAAGUUUAUUACAAGUCCAACGAAUAUGCUGGGGUUUAUGGGAUUCGAGAGAAAGACCUUGAAGAUUGGUCCAAGAAGGAAUAAAGUAGUGUCUUGAUGUCUCUGCCACGGACCCAGUCGUCUCUCUGGGCUUCCCACUUGAGCUGCCUGACACCUGAAGGAAGAGAAGACAUUUACAUUUUACAUUUAAGUCAUUUAGCAGACGCUCUUAUCCAGAGCGACUUAAGACAGAAGAGCAAUGAGCAAAAACCAGACUGCAUCCUCUACUAAAGUUAGGUCAUCAUCUGUAUUCAACAACCUGCUCCAUAUGAAAUGUGCCCGGUGGUUAUCGUCUUAGGGUUACCUUUAGAUCAGUGGUUCUCCAUCCUGGUCCUGGGGACCCAAAAACAUUUGGUUUUUCCCUCGCACUACACACCGGAAUCAAAGCCUGAUGAUUUGAAUCAGGUGUGUAGCGCUAAGGCAAAAACUAAAAUGUGCACCCCUUUUGGGUCCCCAGGACCAGGAUGGAGAACCACUGCUUUAGAGCCAUCAUGCUUGAGAGAAUAGCCUAUUCUGUGCAACGUUAAAAGGACUACUAGAGUAUGACUGGGUGUGCUAUAGGGGGUUGAUGGUUAAUCGGUUAGCCACUGAAAAUACAUUUGAGCGGUCAUGCUCAUCAAUCUAUAUAUAGGUUAACCUGUAUUAUCUGGUGGAAUUCAAUUGGCGCGUGUGUAUUUUUAUUAGUCGUCAUGCAUCUUAUUUAACACACACACACACACCCUAGUUUGAGGAUCGGAAUGACCCAUCACCUGUCAGACAGCACAAGAGCAGGUCCUCAAAAAGCUAGUACUGCAGUGAAACAUGCUUUUAUGUGCAGCAAAUAAUUCUAAAUGCAAUCGUGUGUUAAUGGUUUUGAUGGCCACGAUUAAAAAGAGCUGCCAGGUUUAUUUCUUAUUAAAGUGCAUAGGCUAUCAUGUCACUCAUUACUUUACAUGUGAGCUUGAGGCAGUAAUUGUUUGAAACCCACAACUUUCACUUUAAAUAAUGAGGAAGGUCUUACCUUCAAAGUAGCCUAGCCAAAUUCUAACCAUAGAAAUGUGAAAGCAAUUAUUUUAUAGAAUUACCCAGAAUUUCUGUUCUAUUGGUUUCAUAUAAACUUUCUGUCGUUGUCCAGAAGCCAAAGGCACAAUCCGAGUCAUAUUAGCAGCCCAUCCUAGUUGUUGCUAUUAGAUUCCCCCUUUAAGUUUCUUAAAGGAGAGUUUCAUAUGGAACCCCUUGCAAUAGAGUGGUGCUGUUUAGAGCGCUAUUUUCCAACAAAUGUCUGAAAAUCACAUUUUAAUGAUCUGCUUCAUUACAACAGGUGCAUGGUCAAUAAUAGGCUAUAGCCUUUUGACUGUAAGACUAUAGACUUGCUAUUGUUGCAUGUUUUCAUUAAGCGCUUAAUGAAACACGUCCGUUUCUUGUAUGCAUGCAUAGUAUUUUCUAUUGGUCACGUCAUUUUACUGUCUAGAAAAAAAUGUAACAGUUUGUUGACCAGUUAAUGAGGGUUGGUUAAUCGGCAACAAAAUUGCCCGAAAUGUGCUUCCCUAGUAUGCUCUAAACUGCUGUGAAGAUACUGACUCUCUCCAUGGGGGAUAUACUGUGGUUUUCCGCUAGUAUCUAGCCAACUAAAUAAAGUAAUUUAUAUUAA